UUUACUUGCUUAUUUGUAAACACUGUACACUUGUGCAUGCUUUAUUUUUUUAUUUCUUUGACGAUGAAUAAAUACCCCUUUUCUUUCUUUCUGCAUUAAGGAUGCCUUUUCAUCUCAUCAAAUUCCUAAUAAACGGGGACAUUGCUGUUGUCCCAAAUGAAUGGUACGAUGACGGGAUGGCGUACUGGCCCAGCUAUAAAAGCACUGAAAGGGUGAAAAGGGCAGCUCUUAAUGAGGAGAAACCAGAGCCAAACUGGCCAAGAUACAACGUCAAUGUUGUCCGAACUUGUGACAACUACAAAGAUGCCAUGAUAAUCUUGAAGCAGUAUCAGAAUGGCUGCAACACCUCAGAUCUGCAAUCUGAGGCAGAGCUUGAGCAUGAGGUUGAGCUGCCAGAUAAAAGGAACAGGAAGCCAGUCCAUCCUUUUGGAGACUCUGACCAGAGCGAAGAAGAAGUGGAAAAUGGUGACGUAGUGUCUCAGUUCGAAGCACUACCAGUUCGAAGCCCAAGCCAAUUGCCGACUCCACCAUCUCGCCGAGUGCCAGGCAGUAGAUUCGCUGCUCCUCAACCUGGAGAAAACUGUCUAGCAUCUCAGCAUAGGGCAGGACUGCAUCACCCUAUAUCCUCUCAACUCCCUGCACCCGCAUUUAACAUGCAGAGAGUUACUCAAGCCCACCUCACUAUGGGCCAGGAACGGCAGUCCCUCCUCAACUCCCUCCACCCCCGGCACCAGCCCUCAACAUGGAGUCAUCUUCAAGCCUGGCCUACAGACCAACAUGGCGAGGGGGAAGAAUGGCUGAUACCAUUCCCUGCUCUGCGGCCGAGUUCCAAAUCCUUAGCUUGCUGGAAACCAUCAAACAGCAAAAUGACCAGCUUGUGGCUAAGGUGAACCUGCUCACCAGUAGGAUGAACAGCACCCCGGGGCCAGAUGCGGAGAUGCCAGACCGCAUUCAGUUUCCCCUGGAACAAUUGGAGGCAGUGGAGGCAUUUGAAAUGUUUUUAAAGGAACCGUCAAAUGGCCCAGCUCGACAGAGAGUGGUGAGUUUUCUUACUUAAUCUGAAUGGUGCCAUUAGGUUUAUUGAUUGCCCAUGAUUAUUGCAAAUAUUCUAUUUAAGCAGCCCUGAACAGGCCUGUCCUGAACCGCCUUUUCCGAGUGGACAGUCAGUGAGUGACAAUCUCCCUGGUUUGACAUUGUGUGUAAAGGUGGCACAGGUCCAUGAGGAUGUGAGCCAAGUAUAUAUUUUUUCAGUAUUUCUACAUUUCUGGAAGCUUUCAACGGAAACAAAAACAUUUUAAAUGCAACUAACCUCAGGAAUGUUUACCUACCUGUCUAUUUAAAAAAGAUGUCUUUGCCUUUUAGAUUUCAUCUUUGGCCACCAUUGGAGGCCAGGAUGUGAAGAGGGUGACCUGGAACAUCCUGGGCAGGCUGUUCACUGAUGAGGUCUCCCAUCAGAUCAAUAGAGUGGCGAAGUCACGCCUCUUCCGGUAGAGCUCAUGGG